UCGUCCUGAUUGUGCACCUUUCACCAUGGUUGAGAGCCGUACUGGGUUAGAGACUAGCCCCUAUAGCAAGGAGCAGCAACAAAAGAUGGCCGCCUUAGUUAAAGAGAACAGGGAGAGGAAAGAGCGUGAAGAGCAAGCAAAGUUGAAGGCGAUUGCAGACGAACAGGCGGCGAAGAUGAAGAAAAUAGAGGAGGAGAUGGAGAAAAAGAAGAAGGUUGCUGAAGAAGAAGCGGCAACAGAAGAAGAAAAAGAAAGAAUGAGGAUUGAGAGCAGAGAGGGAAGUAGUGGCACGAAGAGAGACACAGACGCAGAGAUGGAGAAUAAAAUAAGUGAGUGGGUUGCUAAUUUAUCAUUGGGAGAAGAUGAGGAGGACCAGAUGUAUGUGCCGCCGGAAGAGAAAGAGGCGUUUGCCAGGGCCCUCGAAGCCGGCAUCACCUAUGAUGCAUUGAGUAGGGAAGUGGUCCUGUUCGAGUCAAAGUCUAUGCCAGUUUCCACCUUCUGGCAUAAGGACCUGGAAAAAGGGAAAAGGUGGAAAGGACGUACCAUCUCUGGCCAAGUCAAGGCCAAGGAUCAUAUGAUCCUGACAUUAGAGGAAGGUGGUAGUGAUGAGGUCCCAUAUAGUCAGAUUGAGUGGGGCCUAGAGGAAGAGGACGGUAGUGUAGGACAAGGGAGGUCUUAUGCUGCUGUCGCAGCUGGAGGGAGGCCGCAAGGUAGAGGAGGAGGCCAGGCCAUGGGAGGUCGAGGACCGGGCGCGCAGGGGGUUGGCGGCCAAGGAAACUGCCAAGCGGGAGGCAGGGGUCAAGGUCCCCCGCCAAAUCGCCAGGGUGUGGCAGAAGAGUUAAAGGAGAGGAUGCCAGCUUGGGCCAAGAUGAAGAAAGAGAGUAAAGGACAACUGAUCUUGGUAGAUGUAGAAAUUUUCAGGAGUAGAGUAGGGGCCCUUAUAGAUUCAGGGGCCACCCGCAGUUAUAUUAGCCGUAGGGCGCUGAAGAAGUUGAAGCUAGGGCUAAAAGUCCAGAAAUUAGUAGACCCCAUCGUCAGUGUCCUCGCAGACAACCGCACGAUGCGAGUUGAGGACUAUGUAGAGGGAGUCCAGACGUACUUUCGCCUAGAGAAAGAUGGGAAGGUGGAGAAAGUUCUCCAUUCCCUGACUCUCCUCGUACAGGAUGACCUUCCUUUUGAUAUAGUACUAGGGAUGGAUUGGGGAGAGGCAGCAGGGGCCACACUCCAUUUGAGAGAGCAUGAGUGUAGGCUCCCUAGCCCGUCAGGCGAGGUUAAGACUGCCCACCUGUUUCAUGUGUCAGGUGUAGACAACACCUUGGCACAUUGUUGUCUCAGUGCUCCCGCGUUCGCGCGGUUAGUAAAGAAGGAGCGGUUAGAAGAACAGGUCUUUGUAGUUUAUGUUAGACCUGCCACUGAGGCCCAGAAAGAAGACAGUUCUACAGAUCCAACCAUAGCCAAGCUGCUGGAAGAGUUCAAAGACUUGACCGAGUCGCCGACAGGAGUAGUGUCGCGACCCAUCCAGCACAGGAUAGAGAUAGAGCCUGGCAGUAGAACUCCUAAGGGUGCAGUCUAUAGGAUGUCCCCUAGAGAGUUAGAGGAGCUUCGCAAGCAGUUAGACGAGCUCCUCGAAAAAGGUUGGAUCAGGGCCAGUUCGUCUCCUUUUGGAGCACCAGCUUUGUUUGUCCCCAAGAAGGAAGGAGAGCUGAGAAUGUGUAUAGACUAUAGGGGUUUGAACGCGAUUACUGUGAAGAAUGCUGAGCCACUGCCCAGGAUAGACGAUCUUCUAGAUCGGGUGCAGGGUUGUAAGUAUUUCACUAAGAUUGAUUUGAAGUCUGGUUAUCAUCAGAUAGAAGUCCAUCCUGAUGAUCGGUACAAAACUGCAUUCCGGACUAGGUAUGGGCACUAUGAAUUCAUAGUGAUGCCCUUUGGACUAACCAACGCGCCAGCUACGUUUCAACGUUGCAUGAAUGAUUUGUUUAGACCCUGGUUGGAUAAAUUUGUCGUAGUUUAUGUAGAUGACAUCUUAGUUUUCAGUAAGACCCUCCAAGAGCAUCAGGGUCAUCUGAGGCAGGUCUUGGAGAAGUUGAGAGACUCAAACUUCAAGAUCAACGCGAAGAAGUGCGAGUGGGCCAAGUCGCAAAUCUUGUACUUGGGCCACGUAUUAGUUGGAGACGGCAUUAAGCCAAAGGACAGCAAGAUCGUGGCGAUUAGAGACUGGCCGACGCCCCGCACAUUGACAGAGUUGCGGUCGUUCCUAGGCCUAGCUAACUACUAUAGAAAGUUCGUCAGGAACUUUUCUACUAUCACCGCUCCCUUGCCCAGGUUGCUUAAGAAAGAGGCAAUCUGGCAAUGGGAUAGAGAUUGUACGUCUGCGCUCAAGAAGUUAAAGCGCGCGUUCAUAGAGUACCCUGUCCUCAAAGUUGCAGAUCCGUCGUUGCCAUUUGUCAUCACCACGGACGCGAGUCAAUAUGGGAUAGGCGCCAUGUUGCAGCAAGAUGACUGUAAUGGUUAUAGACCCGUAGAGUUCAUGUCAGCGAGGAUGCCCUCAGAGAAGGUAGCCACCUCGACGUAUGAGAGGGAACUCUAUGCUCUCAGGAAGGUUUUAGAACACUGGAAGCAUUAUCUGCUUGGGAGGCACUUCAAAGUAUACUUAGACCACGAAACUCUUAGAUGGUUAAUGACCCAGGCCAAGAUGACACCUAAGUUGACUAGGUGGGCCGCAGAGAUAGACCAAUAUGACUUUGAGCUUAAGCCAGUAAAGGGCAAGUACAACGUAGUUGCGGACGCUCUGAGUAGGAGAUCAGACUACUUUGGAGCCAUAGUACACUAUCUGGAUAUAGGGAGAGACCUGAAGGAGAAAGUGAAGCAAGCGUAUGCGCAGGACCCUAUCUAUAGCGACCUCCUAAAGAGAGUUAGAGAGGCCCCAGAGACCGAACCAGAUUACCGCACUACCGACGGGUUGUUGUUUGAGAAGACUAACGUAUUCGACCGUCUAUGCGUUCCCAACAGCGAAGAGAUCCGUAGUUUGAUCCUAGGGGAAUGCCACGAUACUGAGGGACAUUUUGGUUGGCAAAAGACAUUAGCCAACCUAAUGCAUGCGUAUACCUGACCAGGAAUGAAGAAUGACUGCAUAG